CAAUCAUACACUUUUAUUCGGGGCAAUACGGACAAUGGAGAUACUUUUCAAGUAUCGGACAAACACAGCGUUGUGGACACGUUAAGUUAAACGAGACUACGUUAAACUGAUUUAAAAAAGUAGUUUGUACUUUCGAGUACAACCGUUUAAAAUCUACUAUAGAGCUCUUUGUACUUAUAUAUUUAAACAUUGAAACUAAACUUAAAAUCAAUCGUAGUAUGGAUCUAUAGAAUAGUUUUGGAUAUUAACCUAUAGUAGGUAUUCGUAAAGUUGUGAGGAAAUGGAUUAUCAGGAAAGUGGUAUAAGGAGUAGGUGCAGGCGGAUAGGAUCUGAGCUGUGGGCUUUUAGGCAAACAUUUUUCAUCAUAUGCACUCCACUUUUACUACUCCCGCUUCCAUUAGCUAUCCCGACACAGCCAGCUUAUUGCGGCUAUAUCCUUUUGUUGAUGGCUAUCUGGUGGGUGAGUGAAGCACUACCAAUCUCUGUGACGUCAUUGGUUCCAUUGUUUGGCCUCCCAUUGCUUGGUGUCGUCCCUGCAGGCCAAGUUUGCCUUAAUUAUAUGAAGAAUGCAAAUGUAUUGUUUCUCGGCGGUAUAACAGUAGCGAUAGCUAUUGAAAGAUGGAACCUUCACAAACGUAUAGCGUUUAGGAUUCUCCUUGUGUCUGGCUCGAAACCAAUAUGGUUGAUGUUAGGGUUUAUGUUAGUCACGUGGUUCCUCUCCAUGUGGAUCAGUAAUACUGCAACAACAGCAAUGAUGAUACCCGUUAUACAAGCUGUUUUAGAUCAACUUGAUCCAGCGAAUACACCAGAUUUUCAGGACGUCCCUGAAACUCCUCAAGAUGGUGCAGUAUUAAUCCUCGAACCAACCUCUCCAACUCUGAAUGAAGAAAAAUCUCUGUUAGGGACUACCACAGAAUCUGACAUUGACGACAUCAGUUUUUCAAAUAACAAAAGAAAAUCAGCACUAGACUACAAAGAUCUCGAGGCCAGUAUGAACAAUGAAGCAUUAAAUGAUAACAAUACAUACGACCUACCGUAUGAAACAGAAGAAGCCACGAAGGGUGAUAGAGCGGAAUUUGAGGUUGGAGUUCCAGAAGAAAAAUGUUUGACUCAAGAAGAAAAAGACUUCAUCAACAUUACAAAAGGCAUGAAUAUAUGUGUGUGCUUUGCUGCAAAUAUUGGUGGUGUAGCUACCUUAACGGGGACUGCUCCUAAUUUGGUAUUACAAGAAUAUGUCACAGGGCUUUAUAAGGCCCAUGACAAAGACGACCCUAUCAGUUUUACAGGAUGGAUGGCAUUCGGCCUACCAUUUGCAAGUAUAGCGAUAGUAUUAUGUUGGAUAUGGCUACAGUUGUUUUUCUUUGGUAUUAAACAGUCAGUAUUUGGUUUUUGUUUUCGGAAGAAAGGCGUCCAAAUGAAUGAUUCUCGGAAAGAGGAAGCAGUGAAGAGCGUUUUGAGAAAGGAGUAUGAAAAACUAGGACCAAUGUCGUUUGCAGAAUGGGUAGUUCUGACUAAUUUUCUCAUACUGGCAGCUCUUUGGCUGACACGGGAUCCAAGAUUUGUUCCGGGAUGGGGGACGUUGUUUAAGAAAGGUUUCGUCACAGAUUCAACAGUUUCUAUCCUUAUCUGUGUUCUGCUGUUUAUUUGUCCAUCCAGACGUCCAACGUUCUUUUGCUGUAGAAGAUAUGGAGAUACAAGUCCUAGCGGGCCAGUAGAACCUUUACUAGACUGGGAGACGGUAUGGCAUAAAUUCCCAUGGGGAGUCCUCAUCCUGGUUGGUGGUGGAUUUGCCUUAGCGGAUGGAGCCAAGGUAUCCGGUUUAUCAGCAUGGAUUAGUAAUCUGUUAGUGGAACUAGGGUCGCUUCCACCAUGGUUGAUGGUAAUGGUUCUAUCAUUUGCUGUAUCAAUGAUGACCCAGGUCACCAGUAACACAGCAAUUACGACGCUAAUGCUUCCCAUACUUGCAGAUUUGGCGGCAAAAGUAGGACUUCACCCAUUGUAUAUUAUGAUACCAGCCACAGUUGCUGCUUCUUGUGCCUUCAUGCUACCUGUAGCAACACCGCCCAAUGCAAUUGUGUACGCAUAUGGAAAGAUAACUGUCAUGGAUAUGAUUAAGGCAGGGUCUAUGACGACUAUAAUUGGAGUUCUUUUAAAAUCAGGAUUUGUGAUGAACGUCAUGUGUGUGCUGGUCUCUACGCUUGGCAUUAAUGCCUGGGCUAAUGUUGUGUACUCACUUGGGACGCUGCCCUGGAACUCAACGCACGCUGCUAGUGAUCGGCUUAUUCUAGGCACUAACAAUAGCAUGAACACUAAUGUGAACCUAACAAUAGAGCUUACAACUUUGUUAUAGCUUGUAUAAUGCUAUAUUAUUUAUACUAUAAUGAUUUGUAACAUAAUAUAACUAA